AUGCCCGGCCAAACGGCCUCGCGCACCCGCGCCAUCUACCGCUCCAUCCUGCGCGAAUUCCCCCAGCGCCCGCUCUCCUCGCCCUCGCCGCUGCACAAGCGCAUCCGGGCCUACCUCGCCUCACCUGAUGCCUCCACGUCCGCCACGGGCAAGCUCGCCCAGGCCCGCAUCGAAGAGGCGGACCAAUUCGCCCAGUACCUGCGCGCGCAGCGGCAGUACACCACGCUGCUGGAGCGGUAUAACCCCGGCACGAACAUGGAGGAGCAGGAGCGCGUGCGGCUGACGGCGCGGAGGGUGGGCAUGGAUCUGCCGCCGCAGCUGAAGGCUCGGGAGGGGGGCAACUGA